AUGCUCCGCGCCAAGGUGCUACAGGACUUGGCACACGAAAAGAGCCAACAUGAGGUUUUGAAGCUGAAGUUCUUCGAAAUGAAGGCGCAACGGCAGUGGCUCGGCGAAAGGCUCGACGAAUCUGAGCGACUGCUGGAUCUGCACGACAGCAAUGUCGAAUAUAAAGAUACGCAGAUCAGCCAGCUUCGGCACGAGCUGGCCGAGGAACGCAGGCGCAGGCAAACGACUGAAGAGUACACGACCAGGAUGGAAACGGAACUAUUUCAGGCCUCAGUUGCCAACGAAAACCUUCGGGGGAGUGAGGAUGAACAUAGAGUCAGUGCUCUCAAAUUGACGCUGCAAGUGAUGAUGAAGGAAGCUCAAAUCGUCAAAGAGUCUUUUGCAAAGUGUCGCCAAGACAUGGCUAACUAUGCACGAUCCAUCUACAUCAACGCCGAUGAUUGGGCUGCAUUCAGAGCUUUCUUUCAAACUCACCAGUCAUCCCAAGAGCAACAGGAUGACGAGCUUCGCAACAUGGCUAGGAGGCUAGGCGAAAAUUUGCAGCUGAUGAACGAGGCCAUCAGCCAAGUAUUCCUCCUGACCAAUGUGAAGCAAUCCCAACACCGUCUCGAUCCAACCUCCUCACAGGGCGCUUUGCAGAAACGCUCCAGCACCUCGGUUGCCAAUAGCUGGAGGCCUGUAAAACGCCCGUGUCUGUCAACCGUGCGAGAUGGAGCCUUACUUGGCUCCACGCCUAAUGAAUCCUUCUUCUUUCACUACGAAAAAUACCGUCAUCCAGUAUCUUCAACAAAGAGUGCCAGGAAUAGUGGGCCUCGUAAGAUAUUGCAAGAGGACGAGGCAGAGUUGAAUUGGUGGCAGCAACAAGAGCGUCAAGCCCUCUUUGAGGACUUCGCAGUGGCUGAAGCUCGGAUGGGCAUCGACGCCUUGCACCUUCCCCCAUCUCAUCCAAAUCCCGAUAUCUACAACAAUCCGGGAUGGCAUGGGGUGGGUCAUCUGUCAUUCAAUACCUCGCCAGGGUCCUCCGAUGACGGGAAAGACGAGGACAGCGCGGAGUACAUACCUCCUUAUGAGGAAAGAUUCGAAUGGGGGCAGAAUGGAAUUCGAUUGAUUCGAGAAGAGCAGUCACUUGAAAUUGUUCAAGUGCGUACCGGGCUGGAGUGGUUGGAGCUGGAGUUGAAAUCUGCGAGCCCCUCUGCACUGCCUCUGGCGUGGCAACAGACCAUUCUGGGCUCACCUCGCAAGCGCGUUCAGUUCUCGGAGAAAUAUACCAUCGCAGAACAUGAUGAUGAGAGCCCGGUUCCGAGGAAACGCCAGAGAACAAAUGAAUAUCCCUCAUCCUUUACCACAUAUCCUCAAUCGGCCCUCAAAGGGUUCCUUGGACAUCCAGAAAAAGUGGCCAAUCACACAGAGGUCGCAAAUUCAAUACCUCCAAAAUUGCCCACUUGGCAGAGAGACAUUCCGCUACUGCCAUUCAGAUCUUUUGGGACACAAACAAACGAAGAAAUCCAAGAUCCCACGGCACUCCGAUAUCGACUCCGGUCCAAGCCAAAAGUCCCAACACAAUCUCAUGCAAAACAUGAACGCAAACACAGAAAAUUGCGAAGACUCUCCAAAUCCAACCCUUAUCUUCAAGUCCCGAAAUUUAUCAGAAAAAUGCCAGGUGCCUGGCCAGUAAGCCCUCGAGCAACAACAAAGACCUCUUCUCCUCAAAGCCACAAGAGCCCAUCACAGCGUUUCAAGGAUACCUUAACGCGGGUGGCACCAAUUCUCGCUGGUACAGCGGCGGUAGCCGCGACAUUCUGGGGGUUAAAACAACUCAAUGCAUAUGAUAAGUGGAUCGAUUCCAAUGACCUCUACAACGGCUCAGUGUCCGGAUCUUUAAACUCGCGCUUCUCGGAUGUCGGGUGGAUGGAGUACAAACUUACGAAGUGGCUCGGUCUUGACCGCACCCUUUUGGGUUAA